AUAUAAUUGAAUUUUCGACCAGCUGAUUACCGACAAUACCGACACGACCGACAGUAUAUUUGAGAGAAAAAAAUGGCAGGCCUCGGAUCGUUAUUAUCCGGAGUAACAAAGUUAUUUAGGCGAGGAUCAGGAAUCACCGCUGUUGCAGCCAGAAAUGAAUCAACAACAGCAGUCACAACAACGAAACCUAUAAGACCUAAAUUAGUUGGCAUGAAUUGGGAGAAAUGGCCAGAUCACAAAAUGUAUCGUGACGUUAGGAGACGAAGAUUGGUCAAAGAACAUGCUCCGAUGAGGUUGCGUCUCAUAUCCAUGAAAAGAAAUGAUAUUCUUCCUCCCGAAAUAAGGGAGCUCGCCAGCAAAGACAUGGAUGAAAUACCGCGUCAAGCUGCGCUGCGUCAAAUAGUCUUUCGCUGCAAAUUGACUUCCCGACCUCGCGGAGUGGUUUACCGCUGGGGAUUAUCUCGUAUAGUAUUCCGAGAUCUUGCGGAUUUCAACAAGUUGUCCGGUGUCCAGAGAGCCAUGUGGUAGAAAGGCUUCUAACUCUAAGUAACUCGAAAAUCAAUUUCGUUCACAUACAUCAAAAAUAUGCAGUACCAAAUUUACGUGGCUAACAUUCAUCACGUGUGCAAAUGAGGAGUAUACGUAUAUGUGGAAAAAUAUCGUAAUAACGUCAAUGGAAAAAUAGACGGUGAAAACGA